UUUUCUUUGUACUGUACUGAUAAUUUCAUAGCUGGGUACAUUGUCGGUGAUAAAGUGCAUGAUGGAASCUAAAUGAACACUCCAAAACGAUUAAUCUAAAUACAAAGCUACAAGAUGUCAUGCGCUUUUUUGCGUAGUACACUGUAUGAUUCACUGGGUUCACAGGCUUAAACCGAACUAUUCGUAUCGCGUCACACCAUUUUUAGCUUGACGGUAACUUAAUACAGGUGCAUUGUGACUUAGACUCUCGACAUUUUCUACUUGGUUGGGUCAACAGCARAAUUGUGACGAACAACUACACGAUUAUAUCAGAACGUUGGUUAAAUAUAUAUGGCUUSAAGAUUGCGAUUUGUGUAGCUUUGAAGCCAUGGAUUCUAAUGGGACAAUGACAGACGAUCCUGCAYCGCACAUUAUAGCACUGUCCGUGGUCAAUAUGAUUUUUAGCGCCGCUGGUACAAUAGGCAAUGUGGUGGUUUGUGUGGUCAUCAUUGCUAACAGAGAUCUUCAGAUUAUUACCAACUAYUUUAUUUUCAGUCUAGCGAUUGCUGAUUUACUAGUGUGUACCAUCGCACAACCCAUGUAUGUGGCAUUUCUACUARGAUUUGAAGACGGAAAAUUUAUUGCUAUAAGACGUGUAUUCACGUUUGUAUCUGUACUUUCGUCUGUAAGUAACCUUUGGGCUGUUACAAUCGAUCGAUUUCUAGCAAUAUCGUCGCCUUUAAAAUAUACCCAGCGUCUCAGCGUUCGACGCGUUAGUAUCCUACUAGUGGUGAUUUGGUUUGUAGCUGUAAGCCUUGGCGUAAUGGCUGGACUGGUGCGUACAGCUCGUAAAAUAGUCCAAUUUCUAACGAUGUUUAUGACAGCSUGUGUUGUGCCGCUGUACAUACGUAUAUUUCUCGUUGCACGACGCCAUGCAAGACUUAUAACUCAUCAAAUGACAUAUUUUAACAGAAUGCAAUUUGCUGCAGUUCAGAUUCGAAAAGAGCGGGAAAAUAUCGCUGCAAAAACAGUGGGUACCGUUUUGCUGAUAUUUGCACUUUGUUGGCUUCCUAUAGAAAUAGUACCGUUCAUAUACACAAGUCUUCCUGAAAUAGGGAAGAAUGCGUUUGUUUGGGCUAAUACUCUUGCGCUCUGUUCCUCUGCUCUCAAUCCUCUUGUUUACAGCUUGAAAAUGGAAAGUUUUCGCAGAAAGGUUCGCAAAGUACUUGAAACCAAACAUGUAAGCCAUUCAGCCAGCGAAAAAAGAGCAGUGCACUUACCAAGUCUUCCAAGUAUCUCGGCAAAAAACGAAGAAACGAACGUCUAGUGGCUUUAUUGCUAAGAAAAUAUUUAUGCUAUUAAACUGACCUCAAGACGUACAUAAUGAUGACAAAUCGACACUCGACUAAAGCACAAGGAUGAAGACGACUUUGCCGAGUUAGUAACGUGGUAAUYGGUGUCGAGCUCGUAGGAURCAAUCGGAAUUCASAUACUAAAGGAUUUGUUCUAUUUCUUAGGCRCCGAGAAGACAUAUCGUUUUAUUSUAGACAGUUCCCUAACAGGACUAAAAGGGAUCCUGUUCAGUAUKAACUGUAAUCAACAUAGAUGUAAGAAAGAACAUACAACGCACUUCGUUUUGUCAACACCUUACUUUCUUGAAGAUAUAUCAUCAUUAUUAACCGCGUUAUGAAGCGUUAGAAGUGAGCUUGUUGGAAUAUCCACAAGCAUAUUUAGUCUCGACCGUGUGGCCAUAUUGUGUGAAAUAUUGUAAAUACUGAAUUUAAAAUUAGAUUAUGGUACUUAUGGGCUAUUUUUACAGGAAUCUUUUGAGACUUUGAAUACUUGUUCUAAUAAAAAACACUGGGCUAGAAUAAAGARUAUCAUCUGGUUUGGCUUAUGGACCCUAAAAUUAUGACAUUKGCCUUCUUCCUGUUUUGUUAAACCUUUGACUUACAUUAUCAAUUACUAAACUACUGUAUUAUUGAUUUCUUUCUCUUUUGAAAUUAUGGCUUCUUAUUUAACCAUCCAACGUAUAUUUCUGUACAUUUAUCAUUGUGAAUAAAUUUAUUGAU